GUCAGGUUCCUGCUGUAGAGAAGAUGGACGCUUCUCUCUCCACACUCGCCAAAUGCGAGAAACUGUCUCUGUCUACAAACUGCAUUGAGAAAAUAACCAACCUUAAUGGCCUGAAAAACCUGAGGAUAUUGUCACUAGGAAGAAAUAAUAUCAAGGCACUAACUGGGCUGGAGGCAGUAGGAGACACAUUAGAAGAGUUGUGGAUCUCUUAUAACCUGAUUGAGAAGCUGAAGGGAAUCCAGUGCAUGAAGAACCUGAAAAUCCUUUACAUGUCCAACAACCUGGUCAAAGAAUGGGGAGAGUUUUCGAGGCUAGCCGACCUGCCGUGCCUGUCAGACCUUGUGUUUGUUGGAAACCCUCUAGAGGAGAAGUGUUCCUCUGAGGGAACGUGGAUGGAUGAAGCCUCUAAAAGACUACCUAAUCUGAGGAAACUAGAUGGAACCCCCGUCAUCAAACAGGAAGAGGAUGAAGGAGAAGGAGAGAGCUGAGAAUCGUGGCUGUCUGUGAAACUGCACCCUCUUUCCCCAAGAGUCCUCUCUUUUUUAAAGGGUUCUAUAGAUGUUUUUUUUCUUUAUAUAAAAUAUUUUUUUACAGCAACACAAUCCUGUGUUGUAGAUUGACAAGCACAA